GCCUGGGAAGACGGCCACGUCAAGAUUGUUGUCCGGCGGAAGCACUUAUUGCUGGACAGCGUAGAUGCUGUCAUGAGUUUGGGACGGGACGAUUUGCGCAAACGGUGGAGGGUGGAGUUUUUGGGAGAGCCGGGUAUGGACGUAGGCGGUGUUUCGCGCGAGUGGUUUCAGCUCGUAACGGAACAAAUAUACGAUCCCGAUUUCGGGUUGUGGUUGUCUUCCGUCAACAAUCAAAUGUGUAUGAAUAUCAACCCGUCGAGCGGUAUGUCAUGCCCGGAGGACCACUUUAUUUACUUUCGCUUUCUUGGUCGCAUUCUUGGAAGGGCGCUCUUUGAUCGGCAAGUAGUCAAGGGUCACAUGGUUCGGACUCUUUACAAGCACCUUUUAGGGUGGCCUAUCACUUUCGAAGAUAUCCAAUCACAAGACGAAGAAUACUAUCAAUCCCUCAAGAAACUCACCAAAAUGGAAGACGUUUCGUUGAUGUGCCUUGAUUUUACUGCAACAGAAGAAAGCUUGGGCGUUCGCACCGAAGUCGAUCUUGUGGAAGGCGGGGCUCUCAAGGAAGUGACCAACGAGAAUCUUGCUCAGUAUCUGGAGGCGAAUCUACAGUAUCGUAUGCUAGGUCGCAUCAAGCCACAAGUUACCGAGUUGCUACUGGGCUUUUUCGACAUAAUCCCAGAACCAGCGUUAACUGUAUUUGACGCGAACGAACUUGAACUUAUUCUCUGUGGGCUCCCCGAAAUUGACAUGGUGGACUGGCAGCAGAAUACACUAUAUUCUGGUAUGUUCGAAGGAAAGGGCUGCAGUAGCGAAGUAGUUACAUGGUUUUGGGAAAUAAUGAAGGAAGAUUUUGAUCAAGAAAUGCGUGCUCGGCUCCUACAGUUUGUUACCGGAACAUCCGGUGUGCCAUCUCGAGGAUUUGCAGUGCUUCAGGGAAUUGACGGAAAUAUCAAGAAAUUUACUAUUCACGGUGUGGACAGUUGCAACUAUUAUCCCAAGGCCCAUACUUGUUUUAACAGGAUCGACCUGCCCCUGUACGCAUCCAAGAAAGAGCUCUUUGACCGACUGAAGACAGCGAUUACUAUGUCGGGGGUUGGGUUCGAUAUGGAAUAG